CACAGAGCCCCAGGAACCCCAGAGAGCCCCAGGAACCCCAGAGAGCCCCAGGACUGACGGGGAGAGCCAGGGAGCGGCCCGGAGGGUGGAGCCUUUUCUUCCACAAUGGCAUCGAGACUCGUUCCAAAAGUGAAUUCCAAGCAGGGAGGAUCUCCAUGCAAGGAGAAACACGUGGUUCUGCUCAGCCCCGUGGGAAGGAUGGAGAUAUCGGGGUGUGAAACGGGCGUACAUGAAAUAAAACUUCCCAAAAUGAGCGAGCUGCCAAGUGGCAGGGCGGAGUCCUCGGUGGCUUGCGAGGUGUGCGAGGGAGCCGAGGAGAUGCCGGAGCCGCUGCGGCAGUGCACGGCCUGGCUGCGAGCCUACUUCAGUGAGCCAGAGAGCACAGGAACCCUGCCCCUGCCUGCCUUCCACCACCCCCUGCUGCAGACAGAUUCCUUCACCAGGCAGGUGCUGUGGACCCUGCUGAGGGAUGUGAAGUUUGGGGAGGCUGUUUCCUACAAGCAGCUGGCAGAUCUUGCUGGCAACAGCCGGGCAGCCAGAGCCGUGGGAGGAGCCAUGAGGAGCAACCCGGAUUUAGGUAUUGAUGAGGCUGCGAGUGAAAACAAGCUCUUUCCCUUGUGGGCCUCUACCCAGAAGAACAAAAGCGAAGUUGGAGAAAAUAUUCAGCUGGUGCCCGAAUCAGAGGGAUUCCAGCAUCGAUCCGAGGGCUCCUUCAUGUUAUUUUUUUGUUGGAGACAAAUCUCUGGGUUUGGAAGUUUUAUAGCAUUUGAGGUAGGGGCUGUGUGUGUGAUGGAUUCGUGGAGGAGAGGAAUUAGAUUUCACAGCAUGAAGAUUUCAGCGGCGCUAUAAUAUUAUGAGCUGCUUGGUUAUUGAUAAAAAUUACAUUAAAUGUAGCUGAGGCAUUAAAGCUCCAGACUAGGGUAGUUCUCCCUCUAAAAUGUCCUUAGGGCCCUAAUAAAUUUUAGCAGGUUUAAUUAUUUUAGUAGGCUGAACAUUGUCACCACAAUUAAGCCAAACUGAAGCAAUAUUCAAUAUUUUUAAAUUACAGCAGUGGCAUGGUCUUUGUACCACUUCUACAUCCAGAGCUGUGGAGGGUGACGGAUGGCUGCUUGGGUUGGGACAAUCUCAGCAUGGAAUUCUUUGUUUUGGGAAUGGAAAAAGUGGCAUUAAUUUCAUACCUCCUCUUUUUGCUUGGUUGGUGACAGCUCAACCCCAUUUCCCUGUGCUGUGAACAGGUCCUACACCCACCCAGGGAUCAUCCAACACCCCACAACUGAAAAUAAAGUAUUUUUGGGUUUUUUUUUUUUCUCCACCAAGAUUUAUAGCCUUGCCACCAAAAUCUGCUGCUUUGCUGUGUGUAUUUUUAAAGAAUUGCAAAUGAACCUCAGAGAUGUUUUACAGUGUAUUAUUAUGGCUUUGUCACUCAAGCCAAGCCUCCUGCAGUAACUGCAGGGAGUGGAAAGGCAGAAAAACCCCAAACCAGAAAAACACUUGCAAAAAAAAGAAAAAACAACCCCAAUUUCUUUGAAGAAGUCAUAAACCUACUGUGGGAUGGCCUGGCAUGGAGCAAAGCUUUUAUUGGUACUCACUGGAGUUGUGACAGAUGGAUUAAUCACUCCAGGCAUUGCCACCUCCAAAUAAAACAGAUAUUGGAAGCAUUUUUUAAUUUAAACCUUGAUCAACAAUAAGCACCUGUGUCUAUUCCCAUUUAAUGUGGGCUGAGAUUAGGAUUUUAGAUUUCAGGCAUUGAAAUUAGUUAAGUAAACUGAAAGAACACCCCCCCCAAAAAAAACCCCUCUCAAUUUAUGGUCUGGCCAGGAGCUGCUCAGCUACUUUGGGGUUUGUGUGUCCCAGGCUCAAAUAUACCACAGUGCUUGAACUGUAUGAUUAAAUGGGAUUAAAAUAAGUGAGGGUAAAGUGUGUAAUUUGUCUGAGUGUCUACACAGAAAUAAAUUACAAUUUUUUGACUUGAAAUAUCCAGAUUUGUGAGAACUGCCCUUUUGGGUGAGUGAUUGUUGUCCCAGCUCCACCAUUGCAAUGCCAUUACUAUGCAGUUACCAAAACACAGCCGUGAUUAGAGAUGAUGUAUUGCAGUUUUUAUAGUGUGUACUUCAGCUAUGAUAAUCACCUGUAAUAAAAAAUAAAAAUAAUAAAAAAAAAGCCCCACAUUUAUGUUCUCCUCUGCAUUAUCAGUCCAUUAUGUAACUUCUGGCAUUGAUUUUGCAGAAUCUGUGCUGUGUGGUUAUAAAUGAUAGGGAGAGGAAGGCAGAGAGGGGAAAAAAACAAUUCUUAAAAUUGGUUAGGUUGGAAUCAAACUUCUCCUGUUGGAGGUUUUGAAAAUUCACAACCCAUUUUGGAUUGACUUGCUGCUGAAAAAUAAAUAGUGCCUUGGUCUUCCAGAGAAUUUCUCCAGGGUGGAGAUGCCACAGCAGGAAGAGGAUGUGCUGGGGAGCUGAGGCACUGGGAUGUCUUCUCAAUAAUCUGUUUUUUCCCAGAUAUCUUCUAGUCUUGGGAUGAUCAUGGCAUCCAUGAAUGGUUUGGGUGGGAAGGGA